AUGGCCAAGCGCAAGGUCGCAGAGAUCGUCCAGGAAGAAGGUCAGCAGGAAGAAUCUGAACUGUUGCCUGCCUCCGGAAAGCAGUUAAACGGCAAAAAGCAAGUCCCAAAUGCCAACGGAAGCAAGAAACGCAAGGUCAAAGCAGAGGUGACCAGCAACGUGGAAGAGGAGGAAGAAGCCUCUGAAGGCRCACCCAAGCCGAAGCGAAAGCCAGCAAAGAAGGCCGGUAAAAAGGAGAACGGCGAGGAGGAGGACGUUGGCGAGGAGAACAAAGUGUCUCGGAAACGGAAGACUAAGGAGGAGAAGGAAGCAGAAGCAAUGCCUCUCGCAGCACGCACUCUCGGCCACAAGCUCUUCAUCGGUGCUCAUGUUAGCAGCGCUGGUGGCGUGCAGAAUUCGAUCACCAACAGCGUCCACAUUGGCGCAAAUGCAUUCGCCCUGUUCCUCAAAUCCCAGCGGAAAUGGGCCAAUCCACCACUAUCGGACGACCAAUGCACCUCUUUCCACGACAACUGCAAGACACACUCCUAUGAACAGGCAAAACACACAGUCCCGCAUGGCUCAUACCUGGUCAAUCUCGCGCACACAGACACGGCAAGAACGGACCAGGCGUAUACAUCCUAUCUAGACGACCUGAAGAGAUGUGAGAGGCUCGGAAUACAGCUGUACAACAUCCAUCCGGGCAACACUGUCUCGAAUAAUCGCGGAGAGGCGAUCGCACAUCUGGCAAAGAACAUCAAUAAGGCGCAUGGAGAGACCAGCAGUGUCAUAACUUUACUGGAGAAUAUGGCAGCGGGUGGCAACGUUCUGGGAAGMACCUUUGAAGAUCUUCGCGACAUCAUCGCUCUUGUUGACAACAAGGAUCGUAUUGGCGUGUGCAUCGAUACGUGCCACGCUUUUGCUGGCGGUUACGACCUUCGUACACCCGCUGCCUUCAAAGAGACCUUCGACGGCUUCGAAAAUAUUGUUGGUUUCAAGUAUCUCCGCGCUUUGCACAUCAACGACAGCAAGGCCCCAUUUGCCUCAUACAGAGAUUUGCAUGCUAACAUUGGAACGGGCUUUCUCGGCAUCCGGGCUUUCCAUACGUUGGUCAAUGAUGAGCGAUUCGAAGGACUGCCACUUAUCCUAGAGACGCCGACGGAAGUGCGGGACGACGAUGGCAAUGUCGUGAAAGACGAGAAGAAGAAAGACAAGGAAGAUAAAGGCAUUUGGGUGAGGGAGAUCAAAAUGUUGGAGAGCUUUGUAGGAAUGGAUGCCGACAGUGAUGAGUUUAGAGCCUUGGACGCUCGACUACAAAAACAGGGUGAAGCUGAACGAAAUCGACUCGCGGAACAACACGAGCGGAAGAAGGAGAAGGCGCAAAAGAAGACUACCUCCAAGGGCGGGAAGGGGAAGGGCAAGAAAGCCAAGGCUGAGAGCGGAGAAGAUGAAGAAGACGGCGCCGAAAGCGAUUGA